CAAAAGGGCCGAGCAUAACCUUUGACCAAAGCCCAGAUCCAAAACCACACAACAUGCUACGGCACUGCCAUCUCUGCGCGCCUUCUAAAAUCUAAACGGAUAAACCAUCUCUGAUCUUUCACUUGUCUUCUCUCUGGCCAAAGCAGCUGAGCUGAGAGCAAAACUUAAAAAAAAAAAGAAAAGUAAAGAAAAAUGCUAGCGAACCCUAGCACAAGCAGUCUCCAUACAAUUCCAUAUCACCCACAAACCUCUCCUUCUUUUUCAAACUCCAUUACUACUCGCUGCAAGCUUUUUCUCUCCCCAAAUUGCCCUCGCUUUAUCCAUUCUUCAUUUUCUAAGUUUCCUUCUCUAUCUUUGCUGUUACCAUGUAAAAGAGGUGAAAGGUUUAGUGCAAGAGCUCUGGAAGACCCGGAAAUUACGGAGUCUGUUAUAGUUGACGGGCCCCAGUUUUUCCCUCAAGCUGUUUCUGUUAAGAUUCCAUUUGGUGAUAGACAUAUACUGGUGGAGACCGGCCAUACUGGGAGACAAGCGAGUGGUUCUGUAAUGGUGACUGAUGGAGAAACUAUUGUCUACACAACUGUCUGUUUGGAUGAUGUUCCCAGUGAGCCUUCUGAUUUUUUCCCUCUUUCUGUAAAUUAUCAAGAGCGUUUUUCAGCAGCAGGUCGAACUAGUGGAGGAUUUUUCAAACGAGAAGGAAGAGCAAAAGAUCACGAGGUUCUCAUAUGCAGAUUGAUUGAUAGGCCUUUACGCCCAACCAUGCUAAAAGGUUUCUACCAUGAGACUCAGAUACUAUCUUGGGUUUUGAGUUAUGAUGGUUUGCAUUCCUCUGAUGCCUUAGCAGUUACAGCAGCUGGAAUAGCAGUGGCUCUUUCAGAAGUGCCUACUACAAAAGCAAUUGCUGGAGUUCGAGUUGGCCUUGUUGGUGAUAAGUUCAUUGUGAAUCCAACAACCAAGGAGAUGGAAGAGUCAAAGCUCGAUUUGGUGAUGGCAGGCACAGACAGUGCAAUAUUGAUGAUAGAGGGUUAUUGCAAUUUCCUCCCAGAAGAGAAGUUACUUGAAGCAGUACAAGUUGGGCAGGAUGCAGUGCGGGCUAUUUGCAAUGAGGUGGACGCAUUGGUGAAGAAGUGUGGGAAACCAAAAAUGCAUGAUGCAAUCAAGUUACCUCCUCCUGAGCUAUAUAAGCAUGUGAAGGAAAUCGCUGGUGAUGAGUUAGUGAAUGUGCUACAAAUUAGGAACAAAAUACCAAGAAGAAAGGCCCUCUCAUCAUUGGAAGAAAAGGUUAUUAGCAUACUUACGGAAGAGGGAUUUGUAAGUAAGGAUACUAGUUUUGGAACCACUGAAACGGUUGCAGAUUUGCUCGAGGAAGAAGAGGAGGAUGAGGAAUUUGUUGUGGAUGGUGAAGUAGAUGAAGGUGAUAUCCACAUAAAGCCAGUUUCACGUAAAUCCUCUCCCUUGCUGUACUCUGAGGUAGAUGUGAAACUGGUAUUCAAAGAAGUUACUGCUGAGUUCCUGCGCAGACGAAUUGUAGAGGGAGGAAAAAGAAGUGAUGGGCGAAACGCGGAUGGCAUACGUCCUAUUAACUCAAGAUGUGGAUUGCUUCCUAGGGCCCAUGGAAGUGCUCUUUUCACCCGUGGAGAAACACAGUCACUAGCAGUGGCCACACUUGGUGAUAAACAGAUGGCACAGAAAGUGGACAACCUUGUAGAUGUGGAUGAAUUCAAGAGGUUCUACCUUCAGUACUCGUUUCCUCCAUCUUCUGUUGGGGAGGUGGGCCGGAUGGGGGCACCUAGUAGAAGAGAAAUUGGACAUGGGAUGCUUGCAGAGAGAGCUCUUGAACCUAUAUUGCCUUCUGAAGCUGAUUUUCCGUACACUAUCCGAGUUGAGAGCACCAUUACAGAAAGCAAUGGCUCCUCAAGCAUGGCCUCUGUUUGUGGAGGUUGCUUGGCAUUACAAGAUGCUGGAGUUCCAGUAAAAUGCUCAAUUGCUGGGAUAGCAAUGGGUAUGGUCCUUGAUACUGAAGAAUUUGGCGGUGAUGGAACACCACUUAUUCUGUCUGAUAUAACUGGAUCCGAAGAUGCUUCUGGAGAUAUGGACUUUAAGGUUGCUGGAAAUGAGGAUGGAGUAACUGCAUUUCAGAUGGACAUAAAGGUUGGAGGAAUCACUUUACCUGUUAUGAGAAGGGCACUACUACAGGCUAGAGAUGGCCGGAAGCAUAUUCUUGCCGAAAUGUUGAAAUGCUCUCCUUCCCCUUCUAAAAGGCUGUCUAAGCAUGCCCCAUUGAUUCAUAUGAUGAAGGUCGAUCCACAAAAAGUUAAUAUGAUAAUUGGUUCUGGAGGGAAGAAGGUGAGGAGUAUCAUAGAAGAAACAGGAGUCGAGGCUAUUGACACAGAUGAUGAUGGAACUAUAAAGAUAACUGCUAAGGAUUUGUCAAGUCUAGAGAAGUCCAAGUCUAUUAUUAGUAAUCUUACUAUGGUUCCAACUGUUGGUGAUAUCUAUAGGAAUUGUGAAAUCAAAACAAUAGCUCCUUACGGAGUUUUUGUUGAGAUAGCCCCAGGCCGCGAGGGACUUUGCCAUAUAAGUGAACUGACUUCAAGUUGGUUGGCGAAGGCAGAAGAUGCUUUUAAAGUUGGAGACCGUGUUGAUGUUAAACUUAUUGAGGUAAAUGAGAAGGGACAACUUAAACUUAGCCGUAAGGCACUGCUUCCUGAGCCAACUGUAGAGAAUCCCGAUGGAAAGACAACUGAUAAGGAUUAUCCUAAAGGAACUGUAAAUUCUUCAAAGGUUGGUAUAACUGAAGCGAAGAUUGAACAGCUGAAAGGUGAUACCAGUUCUCCAGAAGUUGCAACUUCUCCAAAAAGUAACGCAGUAGAGAACACUCCAGUACCACAAAAGAAGAUUUACAAGAGAACAAUCAGCUCUACAAAAAAUGGGCCUAAUACCAAUAAAGACAGACCAAAAAAGGGCGGGAAUAAAGUUGUCAGCGGUAUUACUGCCAGUGAUGGAAAUACUUUGGUGAAUGGGGAGGCCAAAAUUGGAUAACAAGCAUGUUCUCAGCCUAAUUCAUUGACAUGGAACUUAUUGGUCCUUGUAUUAUGGUAAAGAUGAUGGACAAGCUGCGCCAUUAACUGGAACUGAAGGAAGUAGUUAAUCAGCAACAUGUUGCCAUCUUGGAAAGCCUGCUAAAGCUGAAGGAUUAUAAUGCUAAGUGGCUCUCUUGUUUCCUGAGAGAAAGAAAGGCAGGUUAAUAUCUAUCUUCUGAAAGAAUGGAUUCUUCUUACCCAAUUGUAUAAAACACUUUUUUCUGCAGAGGAAAACAUCUCACAAUGAUAGAAUCGGGAAAUUUUUGGUGCAUCUUUCAUCGAAGGUUUUGUGACAAGAACUUUUUCCCCGUGUAUUAUUAUCGUUAUUUUUUUUUCCCAGUGCUACUCUGUGAAGCUACCCGGAUUGAUAUAAAAUCUAUGCUCAUCUCCCGGAAAGCACUUCUUGUAUUCUUUGAUUAUCACACAUAUAGCUCCAAUGCUGCCUGGCCGUCAAUCUUGGACUAGUAACUUAUGAUUCAUAAGCCAUGGAUGCUUAUAGGUGAAGUCUGGAUAUGAUUGUUGUGCUGUAAAAGCUUUUGCAUCUAAAAGAGACUUUUAGGAGCAUUUUCUUAUUGCAAUUGAAAUGAAAUCAUGAAGAUAUCCUCGUCCUAUUUUUAAAA